UUCCUGGGCAGGGCGGGGCUUCCGGCGUGUAUUAAGUCACGGUGUGCCUGGGCCCAGGUCGUUCUUUGCACUCACACGUGUUCUUCGCUACCGCAGCCACCUUCACGAUGUUUCCUCUGUUGCGCCGCAUGCCCCGCGUCCUGGGCAUCGCGGUCGCAGGCCUCCGCGUUGCUGCACCGGCCCCACCUCUCCGGCAGCUGCUGCAGCAGGCGCCCUGGCCGAGCCUCCGGCCCUUCGGGCUGCUGUCGGUGCACGCGGGGUCGCUGCGGCGGCCCGGCCUCCUGCAGCCUCCUGGGCCGUGCGCCUGCGGCUGCGGUCUCGGAGCGCUGCACACUGAAGGAGACAAAGCUUUUGUUGAAUUUCUUACUGAUGAAAUUAAAGAAGAAAAAAAAAUCCAGAAGCAUAAGUCCCUUCCCAAGAUGUCUGGAGACUGGGAGCUGGAAGUGAAUGGGACAGAAGCUAAAUUAGUUCGGAAAGUUGCUGGGGAAAAAAUCUCUGUCACUUUCAACAUUAACAAUAGCAUCCCACCAACAUUAGAUAUUGAGGAGGAGCCCUCACAGGGGCAGAAAGGUGAAGAACAGGAGCCUGAACUGACAUCAACUCCCAAUUUUGUGGUAGAAGUUACCAAGAGUGAUGGCAAGAAGGCCCUUGUACUGGACUGUCAUUAUUCAGAGGAUGAGGUUGGAGAAGAGGAGGAGGCGGCUGAAAGUGACAUUUUCUCUAUCAAGGAAGUUAGCUUUCAGGCCACAGGCGAGUCUGAAUGGAAGGACACUAACUACACACUUAACACAGAUUCCCUGGACUGGGCCUUAUAUGAUCACCUAAUGGAUUUCCUGGCUGACCGGGGAGUGGACAACACCUUUGCAGAUGAGCUGGUGGAGCUCAGCACAGCCCUGGAGCAUCAGGAAUACAUUACUUUUCUUGAAGACCUCAAAAGCUUUAUCAAGAACCAAUAGAGUAGUCAGAGACACUGAAGGCCUUAACUGUAUGGCAGAUUUUGGCCAGGGAAUAAAACCUGACAUGAGACACGUGUACUUUGCAAUGGUUAUCAUCCUAACAUCAUGGAAGAAAAAAUAGCAAAUUUAAAUUAUUGCUGUUGUGCUCAAAGAUUUUAUUUCUAGGUGGGUUUUUUUUGUAUAACAUAAUAAUGGACAUUAAAAUUGUUUUAUCUCCUCCAAA